GUUUUUCUGUCCCUACAUCUACCCAGUGCUGGACACAGCCGGUCAGGAGGAGUUCAGUGCAAUGAGGGAGCAGUAUAUGAGGACGGGAGACGGCUUCCUCAUUGUCUUCUCAGUGACAGACAAGGCCAGCUUUGAACACGUUGAUCGAUUCCAUCAACUCAUUCUACGGGUCAAAGACAGGGAAGCCUUCCCCAUGGUGCUGGUUGCUAACAAAGUGGACUUAGUCCAUCUGAGAAAGGUCACAACUGAUCAGGGCCAGGAGAUGGCUGCAAAACAUAAUAUAACUUAUAUUGAAACCAGUGCCAAGGAUCCCCCAAUGAAUGUGGACAAAGCCUUUCACGAGCUGGUGCGCGUUAUAAGACAACAGGUCCCAGAGCGAAACCAGAAGAAGAAAAAGAAGAUGAAAUGGAGAGCAGAGCGUUCCCCGGCCUCCCACAGGUUCCACUGCGCCAUAUUGUGACCUCUCUUGUCCUGUUUAUCAUUCACAACAUACUCACACCCACACGCACAUCAGUAUACCUUUGGAUGUCAGGGAACUCCCCAGCAGUGGUUAACUACUGGAGCACAGAAAGGACAGGGAGGGGGAUGGGAGGGUGGUCAAUGAGUGAAACUCAGAGGGACGAAGGGUGGAACGAAUCUGAAAAGUUGGACUGAUGACCCGUCAGCCAUUCACAAAGCCUUGGAAUGAGCGCAGUGCCGUCUCUCCUCACUUUAUGGCCCCUUUCUGAUGUUUUCUGACCCCCUCGUCUCGUCUGUAUUCAACCCCGAGCUACGUAGUCACCUAACUGUUUCUCAAUCAAGUAUAAUUUUUGAAUUUCAUCUCAAACGUGGCACAAGACGACAAACUCGGUGGUGGAAAAAAGACAGAGACCUUGAUGAUGGAGCUUGUCUUCUUGAGGAAAAAGAACGGCAAGGGAGUAACUGGCUUACAAUGGCGAUUCAUGUUUUAUGGACUCCACCAACCUGUAAUUCAUCGCCUUUCUAUCCUUACACUCCCUACAAUUUGUGGAAGAAAAGCACCUGUGCGAACCCUAGAUAGGCUUCUUUCUCUCCGUAGAGAGGACGUGGUGAGAGUGCAGUGGUUGAAUGUGAGAGUGGUGACAGUAGACGUCGUGUGAUGGACCGCGAGUUCUGUGACUGUAGCUCGUGGUCGCAUGAUGCUCUGGUUUUGAAGUGUCGGUUGAGGAAGGCAGCGUGAAAGAAAUGAUACGUGGUGAGAAAAUGUGUCCUAUCAGUUGACAGGUGAACCUUAAGGCCAUUAGAGCUUGUUGAAAAAGUGUUUCGAUAUUGUGACUGUAAAGCAGAAUAAGAUUAGUCCGUUUGUGUGAUUCCAUUGUGAUGUAAAUGUGAGAGGGUUUAUCCUACCGCUGAUCUGUUAAGGGCCAUGUUUACAGACACUCUUACAAAGGAUUAUUUUCACAUACGCAGACAGUACACAGGAGCCACUUUUUGUCUUUUUAAGUGUUGAAAUUUGUUGGUUCGGUUGCCUCUUCAGUCAUUGUAAGUGGUGUAACGAGUGCAAUCCUUUGUCAGUACUGUAUGAACAAUAGUUCCCUUCUUAACAAAAUAACAAACUUCUUAAGAAAGUUACUUUCUUUUUUUUUGUAUCUACAAGUAUGGAAAAAUAUAAAUAUAUUUGUGAUAUUAAAAAAAUCUAAAUAUUGGUGGCAAUGUAGACAAAUUCAAUGCUGUUUUACAAAGGAGGGUAGAUAAGGGAUUAAGGGAGGAGGGGGGACACGCUGGAGAAGCUGAUUUGCACUGGUCACUAACCAAAAUAAUGUGAUGUCACUUUAUUUCAGUCUAGGGACUUUUCAGACUGCACCACUGAGUUCAGGACUACGUUAUAGGAUGAGUCACGCUCACUGAAGGAUAGACAGUAAAUACUGUAGCCCUGACAAUACGUCGGCCUGUCUGGGCUGGACAGUGUGAUGCUCCUUGGGCUUAAAGCCAUGUUGACCACGUUGUAGUUGUAGGAAAACCACACACUCGAAGCAACAACACUUUCAGUGAAUCCAUAUUUAUAGUCGUGAAGUGGAUGGGAGUAUACAAUUUAAUAACCUACGAAAUGGCUUGUACUGUUAACGCACUAAAAGUUUCGGCGGACAACUUUCUUGUCUGGGUGAAUACCGACUCUUGAAGGAAUACAUUUUUGCACUUUUAAUACAAUUUCAGACUUUCCUAUUGGCAUGUUGUUUUUUUAAAAUCUGUAAGUGAAAUGAAAGGCAUGGUAAAAACGAUCUGAAUGUAAAAAAUUGAACAUCGUGAGCAAAUGGCUGAUUAAUGUUGCAACCCCGUGUGCCUGUGUAUGCCUGUUGCCUUGGCGAUGAUUGUAACAGAUUUAAUCAUUCAAAAGGUAUUGAAAUUACUCAGUUUUGAAUUAAAAAGGUUGCAUAUAAAAAAAUAAUUUAUUGAAUCGCAUACAAAUUCACCUCAGCAUGGAAGAGGAAAAUCAACCUUGGCAAUAGAAGGACUACAGUGUUAAUCUACGUCUACUGUUGAAGGGACUUCACAAGGAGUUUUCGGUGGAAGGACUCAAAACUUUAAAGAACCAAUGGAGUGGUGAGACGUCAGACUCUGGAUUGUGGGAGUUCAAAAGAAGGAAAAAAAAAUUGAAUGUGUUUGAUGAAAACGUUGCAUCAUGUAUGUUUGAUACCAUUUUGUAUUAUUGAUAUGACUCUUGAAAAGUUUUUUUUAAACAACUGAAUAAUUUAUUACUGUCUAUGUUACCUCAGUGUGUCCCAGGCCUGGACAAAAAAACAAAACCUAAAUUCCCCAUUUUUAAAUUUUAUUUUUUAUUUUCUCUUUUAUUUUGGGGGCUCUCAAUGGGUCAAUGGCCUUUCGCCUUGUAGUCCCAAUUUGUUGUGGACCAAGAUGAAGAAACAGAGCUAUAAAAGGACCUCUGCUUUACUGGGGCUUGUGUGGAUGGCUUCACAUGUGAGAACACAAUCACACAAAGGUCAAAACAAGAAGAAAUGGUCGGAGCCAGCCGGCCCAUUUUCCCCCAUAACUGGGUGCUGGUUUUGGCUUCAUAUUUACUAUACAGAUGGGAGAGUGGUAUCAGUUUUCUGUUGUAACUUGAAAGCACGAACAAGAUGUGUCUCCUUUCUGACUUUGGUUUAAGGUCCAAAAUACAAUUUCAAGACAGAUCGCUAACCUCCUUGGUUUAAUCAUCACAGCUGAUACAAAUACACCUCUGGCAGAGCGAAUACAAAUGCUGAAAGUGAAUGUAUGUAUUUUUGACCCUGGAUCAUAUGUGAGCCAAAUUGAGCACUUUUAUUUGGAGAGGUAGCUUUUUUUUUUUUUUUUCCUUUUUUUUAAAUUGCACUUAGAUAAUUAAUUUGAAACUUUGUCAAUAUGUGACGGGCCAUUUAAUUUUGGAUUACAAAAGAAAGAAAGAAAGAAAAAAAGGUAUUUGGAAUUUUCACACCAGUUGUGUAAUGUGUGUUUUUUGGCAGGUCUGUUGUGUUCUAACUGGCUGUGUCAGACUGAAGAGCUAGACAAGGCACAAAGAAACUGUGGCCUUUUUAUCUAGCCUCAGGGGUCAAUUAUAUUUCAAUAAAAAAAAAAGAAGAAAAAAAAAA